AUGGAUCGGGCUACCAACGUGCGCAAUAUGUCUGUCAUCGCACACGUUGACCACGGAAAGUCUACGCUUACCGAUUCCUUGGUAUCUAAGGCCGGUAUUAUUUCUGCGCAGAAAGCUGGUGAAGCACGUUUCACAGAUACUCGUGCAGAUGAGCAAGAACGUUGUAUCACUAUUAAAUCUACGGCAAUUUCAAUGUAUUUUGAAUUGCAAAAGGAUGACUUAGCAGAUGUAAAACAAAAGACUGAUGGUAAUGAAUUCUUAAUCAAUUUGAUCGAUUCUCCCGGACACGUAGACUUUUCAUCUGAAGUAACAGCUGCCCUUCGAGUUACUGACGGCGCCCUAGUGGUUGUUGAUUGUGUUGAGGGUGUAUGUGUACAGACUGAGACCGUCUUGCGUCAAGCUCUUACCGAACGAAUCAAGCCCGUAGUAAUUAUUAACAAAGUUGAUCGUGCCUUGUUGGAAUUACAGCUUACAAAAGAAGAUUUAUAUACUUCUUUCCAACGUACAAUCGAAUCAGUAAACGUCAUCAUUUCAACUUACUUCGAUAAGGCUCUUGGUGAUAUUCAAGUUUACCCUGAAAAGGGUACUGUUGCUUUUGGAUCCGGUCUUCAUGGUUGGGGUUUCACUCUUCGCCAAUUUGCCCAACGUUAUUCUAAAAAAUUCGGUGUUGACAAAGAAAAGAUGAUGCAAAAACUAUGGGGUGAAAACUAUUUUAAUACUAAAACAAAGAAAUGGACCAAACAACCAACGGCUGUAAAUGAUAAAGGCGAUUUAUCUGAACGUGCUUUCUGUACAUUCGUUUUGGAUCCUAUCUUUAAAUUAUUUGAUGCUAUUAUGAACUUUAAGAAGGAGGAAGCUACAAAAAUGCUCGAAAAGUUGGAAAUUACCCUAAAAAGUGAAGAAAAAGAGUUAGAAGGGAAACCCCUUCUUAAGCUCGUAAUGAAAAAAUUCUUGCCUGCCGCAGAAGCUUUACUAGAAAUGAUAGUAAUUCAUCUUCCAUCGCCUGUAGCUGCUCAAAAAUAUCGUGCUGAAAUGUUGUACGAAGGUCCUGCUGAUGACGAGUGUGCCAUAGGUAUACGUGAUUGCGAUCCUAAUGCACCUCUUAUGUUGUAUGUAUCUAAAAUGGUACCGACAUCUGAUAAGGGUCGCUUCUAUGCCUUUGGACGUGUAUUCUCGGGAACCGUUAAAUCUGGUCUUAAAGUUCGUAUCCAAGGUCCAAAUUAUCAACCUGGUAAAAAAGACGAUUUGUUCGUUAAAUCUAUUCAACGUACAAUUCUUAUGAUGGGCCGUUCUGUUGAACCUAUCGAAGAUUGUCCAGCUGGCAACAUCAUUGGUCUCGUUGGUGUCGAUCAAUAUUUACUUAAAUCCGGUACUAUCACCACCUCGGAAGCUGCUCAUAAUUUGAAAGUUAUGAAAUUUUCAGUAUCACCUGUCGUCAAAAUUGCUGUUGAAGUGAAGAAUGCAAACGAUUUACCUAAAUUAGUUGAAGGAUUAAAACGACUUUCUAAAUCAGAUCCUUGUGUUCAAGUUAGUACUUCUGAAUCCGGUGAACAUAUCGUAGCCGGCGCAGGAGAAUUACAUUUGGAAAUUUGCUUAAAGGAUUUAGAAGAAGAUCAUGCUCAAGUCCCAAUCAAAACUGGUGAACCAGUGGUAUCUUAUAGAGAGACUGUCCAAGCUGAAUCAUCAAUAACAGCUUUGUCUAAGUCGCCAAAUAAACAUAAUCGUAUAUUUAUGAAAGCUCUACCAAUGCAGGAGGAACUUUCUAAUGCUAUUGAAAACGGAAAAAUUACUCCACGUGAUGAAUUGAAGGCACGUGCACGUCUUCUUGCUGAAGAAUUCGGUUGGGAAGUUACUGAUGCUCGUAAGAUUUGGUGUUUUGGUCCUGAAACUAUUGGUGCAAACUUGUUGGUCGAUGUGACUAAGGGAGUCCAAUAUCUUAAUGAAAUUAAGGACUCUUGUAUUGCUGCCUUCCAAUGGGCUACAAAGGAGGGCGUUUGCGCUGAAGAAAACAUGCGCUCUUGCCGGUUCAAUAUUCUUGACGUUGUGUUACACGCUGAUGCUAUCCAUCGUGGUGGUGGCCAAAUCAUCCCUACUUGUCGUCGUGUUAUAUAUGCAGCAGCUUUAACAGCUAUUCCUGGUCUCUUGGAACCUGUUUUUCUUGCAGAAAUACAAUGCCCAGAAACUGCUAUGGGCGGUAUCUAUGGAGUCUUGAAUAGACGUCGUGGCCACGUUUUUACUGAAGAACAGCGUCCUGGUACUCCAUUGUACAACGUAAAAGCUUACUUACCCGUAAAUGAAUCCUUCGGUUUCACCGCAGAUCUUCGUUCAAACACAGGAGGACAAGCUUUCCCUCAAUGUGUAUUCUCUCAUUGGCAACUUAUGAAUGGAAAUCCAUUAGAAGCCGGUAAAGUAGCAGAUAUUGUAAGGGGAAUAAGAAAGAGAAAAGGACUCAGCGAAGAAAUUCCUAGCUUGGAUAAAUACCUUGAUAAGUUAUAA